AAAUGGCGGCCAGUGAUCCGGGCGUUUUAUCCCAAAGAGGGAAUGAAGUAAUCUUAGAUCUACAAAAGUUUCAAAUUCAGCCCAUGGAUACAGUCAAUCCUGACCAGCUGCAGCUGUUAAUUUUGUCAGCUAGCUCUGACACCAGCAUUGAAAGGACACCCUGUGAAUCUGAAAAUGUGUCAGCAAUUGAAGUUGAGACCGUGAUGAUGGCUGAAGAUGCGGGCAUACUUGUUCCAGGUGAUAGCACACCCUUGUUAAAGACUGUUCAUGACAACAGUUCAUCCAAGAAAGACUCCGCAGGUGACAAGCAGUUUAAAUGUCUCCAGUGCAACAAAUCCUUUUCAGGGCCAUCAAGUCUUAGUCGGCAUAUUAAAACCCACAGCAACGAGAAGCCUUUUGAGUGUGUUCAAUGCAAAAAAGUGUUUUCCCGACUGUCGAGUUUAAAGAGGCAUGAAAGUUCUCAUUCAGAUGAAAAACCAUUUAAAUGCCAAGUAUGUGGCUGGAGUUUUAUACAGAACUCAGAUCUGAAAAUCCACGAAAGAACUCACACAGGUGAAAAACCAUUUCCGUGUGAUCGCUGUGAACGAGCAUUUGGAUGCAAGAAGCGGCUAAGGGCUCACUACAGGAUGCACACAGGAGAGAAGCCAUACAAAUGUCCACAGUGUGAAAAGUGCUUUUCAAUGAGAAAAAAUGUCAUCCAGCACAUUCGAAUACACACUGGUGAAAGACCAUUCAUGUGUGAAGUGUGCAAGAAGACAUACCGUCAUCAGCACACGCUUAAGAAGCACAUGCGACUUCACACAGCUAGACCAGAUUUUACCUCAUCAAGUGACAAGGCGCUCAGUGACCAGUCAAGUGCCUGGCCUCGCAAGAAAAACAAAACGAAAGUGACGCAAAGGAAGUCUGUUUCCUCAAGCAGAAAGGAAGACAGUGAAAGAUUAGUUGCAACACCUGAUGAGCAAAAUCAAACUUCGGCAGAUGAUAAUUCAGAUGUCCACUGCAGGUACAUAACAAAUACGUUAAAUAGCAAGAGCAGUGAUCAGUCUAGACAAAUAGCUUGUUUUGUUUCAAAUCUAACUGAUUCUCUUAUUUAUCCCUUUAAACUUUAUUUAAAGUACAGCUUUGAUCUUUUGGGUUCACUUUGGAUAUUGGAAUUGUCUGAAAGGAAAAUGGCGGCCAGUGAUCCGGGCGUUUCAGCCCAAAGAGGGAAUGAAGUAAUCUUAGAUCUACAAAAGUUUCAAAUUCAGCCCAUGGAUACAGUCAAUCCUGACCAGCUGCAGCUGUUAAUUUUGUCAGCUAGCUCUGACACCAGCAUUGAAAGGACACCCUGUGAAUCUGAAAAUGUGUCAGCAAUUGAAGUUGAGACCGUGAUGAUGGCUGAAGAUGCGGGCAUACUUGUUCCAGGUGAUAGCACACCCUUGUUAAAGACUGUUCAUGACAACAGUUCAUCCAAGAAAGACUCCGCAGGUGACAAGCAGUUUAAAUGUCUCCAGUGCAACAAAUCCUUUUCAGGGCCAUCAAGUCUUAGUCGGCAUAUUAAAACCCACAGCAACGAGAAGCCUUUUGAGUGUGUUCAAUGCAAAAAAGUGUUUUCCCGACUGUCGAGUUUAAAGAGGCAUGAAAGUUCUCAUUCAGAUGAAAAACCAUUUAAAUGCCAAGUAUGUGGCUGGAGUUUUAUACAGAACUCAGAUCUGAAAAUCCACGAAAGAACUCACACAGGUGAAAAACCAUUUCCGUGUGAUCGCUGUGAACGAGCAUUUGGAUGCAAGAAGCGGCUAAGGGCUCACUACAGGAUGCACACAGGAGAGAAGCCAUACAAAUGUCCACAGUGUGAAAAGUGCUUUUCAAUGAGAAAAAAUGUCAUCCAGCACAUUCGAAUACACACUGGUGAAAGACCAUUCAUGUGUGAAGUGUGCAAGAAGACAUACCGUCAUCAGCACACGCUUAAGAAGCACAUGCGACUUCACACAGCUAGACCAGAUUUUACCUCAUCAAGUGACAAGGCGCUCAGUGACCAGUCAAGUGCCUGGCCUCGCAAGAAAAACAAAACGAAAGUGACGCAAAGGAAGUCUGUUUCCUCAAGCAGAAAGGAAGACAGUGAAAGAUUAGUUGCAACACCUGAUGAGCAAAAUCAAACUUCGGCAGAUGAUAAUUCAGAUGUCCACUGCAGCAAUGAAGAUGUUCUUGCAUGCCAAACAAUUCAAGUAGCCUUGAGUAGUGAGCAUUUUUUGCUUGUGACAUCACACCAUACAGAUGGCAAUGGCAUUAUUGAUGCGGGGGAAGACAUUUUGCCUGCCCUUAAUGGUGGUACAGCUGUGGCCAGCAUGACUGAGGCAGACAAUAAUGUUGAAGAUCUCACGACACCGUUGGAAAACUUGGGUCAGGACAAAGAAGAAGGAACUCUGGUACCUGGAAAUAAAUUCAAAUGUCCUCAUUGUGAAAAGUGUCUCUCAGGGCCUUCAAGUCUCAGCCGGCACAUCAGAACACACAAUAAUGAAAAACCUUACAGGUGUGUUCCAUGUGAUAAAGUGUUCUCGCGGCUGUCAAGUUUGAAGAGGCAUCAAAACUCUCAUGCUGAGGAGAAACCAUUCAAAUGCCAAGUGUGUGGCUGGAGUUUUAUACAAAACUCAGAUCUGAAAAUCCAUGAAAGAACUCACACAGGUGAAAAACCAUUUCCGUGUGAUCGCUGUGAAAGAGCGUUUGGAUGCAAGAAGCGGCUAAGAGCACACUACAGGAUGCACACAGGAGAGAAGCCGUACAAAUGUCCGCAGUGUGAGAAGUGCUUUUCAAUGAAGAAAAAUGUUAUUCAGCAUAUUCGAAUACACACUGGAGAGAGACCCUAUACUUGUUGGGUAUGCAAGAAAACCUACCGUCACCAGCAUUCCCUUAAAAAGCAUAUUCGACUCCACGCAGAUAAAAAUGAGAAUCUCGAUCAUUGCAUCAAGAAAAUUAAGGGCAAGGGGUCAAAAGCAAGGAAAGGUACCAAAAAGGGGGAAGAUGCUGAGCAGUCUGAACCAACAGAGGAAAUGGAAACAGUUCAGUCUGACAAGAGUCCACAGAAAGAAAGUCCUCAACAUGGUGAACAAUGUGCGCAAAAAGAAAGAAGUGAAAAUGAUGAGCAAGUGGAAAGUGCUGAAAAUUUUGAACAAAGCAAAGAAGAGGAAACAACUGAACAUUGUGGACAAAAUGAGCAAACAGAAAAUACUGAGCAUUGUGAGCAAAGUGAACCAAUGGAAACAACUGGAAGUUGUGAACAAAGUAAAGAAGAGGAAGCAACUGAACAUUGUGGACAUAAUGAGCAAACAGAAAAUACUGGACAUUGUGAGCAAAGCAAAUCAAUGCAAACAACUGAAGAUUGUGAACAACAUAAGACGAUGGAAAAUGCUGACAAUGAUGGUAAAAGCAAGCAAAUGGGAAAUGCUGAACAGGGUGAAGUGAUAAAAUGUUCCGAGCCUAGUGAUCAAGCUGAACAAGCAGAAAAUGCUGGCCACAUUGAAUAAAUGGAAGAUGAUAACCAUAGGGAACUACAUGUACAUGUACAUGAACAUGUGAGCAAACAAAAGAUGCUGAGCUAAGUGAACAUGUUGAACAUUCCAAGCUUAAAAAUCAAACUGAACAAUCAGAUAUUAAUAGAAUGAGUGAACAGCUGGAAUGUGAACUGAGUAAUCAAACUGAAAUUUUAGAACACAUCAGAGAGAAUCAGUACACAGAGGAUCCUGAGUUGAGUGGAGACAUCAAAGCAUGGAGCAUAGUAACCAAACAGAACAGUCAGAAAAUGCAGGACAGAGUACAUGUACGGUUUAAGGCACUGAAUCUUAAUGGUUUCGUCAAGUACUAAUUAAUGUGCUUAUAAGCUGGCAUACGCAGACACAGUAAGAUGCUGAUAAUUGUUUGGGAAAUUUCCAACAAAAGGCGCUAAUUAUCAGCAUUUUACUGCAUCUGCUUAUGUUUUUUGCGCAUGCGCUAGUGAAAACCACCCUUGAAUGAUAUCUGAUGUCUUUGAAAGGGGUGGCUUUCAGAUGUAUGCUACUUGCCAUACUUGUAUCUGUCAUUUCACUGCGCACGUCAUGACAUGUCACUGGCCGUAAGGCCAAUUCUCUUAGGGUUAGGGAGAAAUUAGAUUUUUGUCACUCCAGGAAACUCAAGGGCUUAUGUGAUACAUAAUGGUAUUAUGUAGUUCUUUGUAUAAAUGGCAACUGAAUUUGAAUAUCAAUACUUUGUACAUCCUUAGCCUUGUACUGAUGUUUCCAGACAAAGGAUUUUUCACAUGAGUGUGAGGCUUAGGAUGUAUAAGUAUAUGUUAUUCAAAUAUUGGCACCAUUUAUGCAAAGGGUCUAUGUACAAUGUAAGAACCAGUUGCUCCAAAUCUGAGGCUCGAAGAGACCUUGUUAUCACUGUAGUAGAGCCAAUUUAGAGCAAACAGGAUGAUAUGGCCUUAAAGUGUUUCUCAGUAGUUCGAUCAUGAAUUCAUCAAUUGACUAAUUAAGUUCUGCAUAUUGGCCAGGCGGGGCAUAAAAUCUACUAAGGCGGACAAAAAUAAUUCUUUACCCACAGGCUACUGAAGAAGACUUCCUUACAUCCCUACUGAACUUGAAAUUGGGUCCCUGAGAGCUCAACAUUUAACUUCUGAUUUCCGUGAUAACUUAUAAAUACAUGUAAUUAGCUAUGUAACAAGAAAAACGUUUCAAAGUAUCCAGCAUGUAAGGCUUGGAUUUAAUAGGGUAUGACUUUAAAUUACAAACUUUUAUGGACUUUUAAUUAAACUUUGUAAAGGUUUUUUUUU